AAACGAAGCAAAAGAUUUUCCAAACAGGCAGAGCUUUCACUCGGCUCUGUGAUUAAAAGGAAACAACAAAAGCCUAGAGGUAGAGAUUAUAUUCUACACAAGUCCUCAGUGACCACUGGAUUGGAAUAACCACUAUGAGUACUAAGUAGACUACUGGAUGACAGACCUCUUCAAUCAAUUUUUUAUUUGUUAUUUUGAGUCACCUGAUUAACAAUUUGAAAGCACAAAUGAGCUCAUAUUUUGUAAAUCCCUUCUACCCAAAGUACAAGCCUGGUGAAGCAAUAGUUCCAGCGUACUUCGACUCUCCUUUUUCACAAGAUGUUAACAGUAGACACGCAAUGUACGGAAACACUGCAGGUUUCCAGCACCCAGCACAAGUGCAAGAAUUUUAUCAUCACGGGACCGCCGCAAUACCGAACGCAAGUUAUCAACCGAAUCCUUGUGGAAUUACGUGUCACAGCGACCCCUCUAAAUUUUACGGAUACGAUAACUUACAGAGACAGCAGCUCUUUACGACGCAGCAAGAAGCUGAGCUGCUACAAUACCCUGACUGUAAAUCGUCCGGUAGUAAUACUGGCGAGGAACCAGAACACUUAAAUCAGAACCCUUCUCCGUCUCAGAUGUUUCCCUGGAUGAGACCUCAAGCUCCUGGCAGAAGAAGAGGCAGACAGACUUACAGUCGAUUUCAAACUUUGGAACUCGAGAAAGAAUUUCUUUUUAACCCCUAUCUGACAAGAAAGCGAAGAAUCGAGGUGUCCCACGCACUGGCUUUGACGGAGAGGCAGGUUAAAAUCUGGUUCCAGAACAGAAGAAUGAAAUGGAAAAAAGAAAACAACAAGGAUAAAUUUCCAGCGUCACGUCCAGACGAAGCAGAAAUAAAAAUGGAAGGCGAUAGCUUUGAACAUGAAAAGGAAGAAUCUGAUUGACUGUAGACUAUAAGCAACCUGUCUUGCCGAAAUAUUUGCAAAAUCGAAAGUAGUGGGCUUUAGUUUUACCACGUUUCCCUUGUAAUCGAAUACAUGUAAAUAUAUAGGUUAUUUUUCGCUGAUUUAUGAUUUCUUAACGGCUUUUAUCUCAAUUAUUGUGUGAGCACGUAGUCUAUUUAGUUUCUGAAAACAUCGCAGGCCUUCUAUGAACCAUGUAAGUUAGAAGAAUUAUUUCACAUUUGCGGAUUCUACUGAUUUUAAGAUCUUGACAAUAAAAGAAAAGUACGUGUACAGUACACGCAGACCGAACAAAAUGAAGCCACGAAUCGAAAGCAGACUACACUUGAAACGUCUUCUCGAUCUUUUUUUGCGUGAAAUUAAAAUGAUAUAUUACACAAUUAGACAGGUAAAGUUUUUGUCCUGUAACUAUUAAAUGAUUUGUUUUAAUGAUUCGAUGUAUUUUGUAUUAAAAAUAACGAUGUCCACGAUUUGUAAGAGAAAUAAAUAUCAAAUGUUUA